AUGUUACGCAACGAGAAGAAGGUCGCUGAGGAUGGAGGCGAGGGUGGAGAGUUCGUCGAUAACCAGACGGUUGCCACGGAUGCCGUCUUUGGUGAACUCACCGAGGAGGGCCCCAACUACCGAGCUGUUGGCUGGAAAGGCGCGGUCGUGCUGAUGCUCAAGACCCAAAUCGGACUCGGCGUGCUCUCCAUCCCAGAGGUUUUCGACGUGCUUGGUCUCAUCCCCGGCAUCCUCUGCUUGCUGGCCAUUGGAAUCUGCACAUCCUGGUCGGGUUGGAUCGUGGGUGUGUUCAAAGUGCGCCAUCCCGACGUGUACGGCCUCGAUGACGUAGGCCGCAAAAUCCUGGGUCGCUUUGGCUACGAGAGCUUCGGUAUUGCGUUCGCGUUGUUCUGCAUCUUCGUCGCAGGCUCCGGUAUCCUUGGUAUUGCAACCGAUCUCAAUGCUCUCUCGAGCCAUGGCGCCUGCACGGCCAUCUUCGUUGCGGUCGCUGCCGUCGUUGGAUUCGGCCUGGGAAGUAUCCAGACGCUGGGACGCAUUUCGUGGUUGGCGUGGAUCGGAACCUUCAGCAUCUUGAUUUCCAUCUUGAUCUUGACCGUCUCCGUCGGCGUGCAAGACCGCCCAUCUGCAGCUCCUCAAACCGGCACUUUCGUCUCCGACUACAAGCUCUUCGCCACGCCCGAUGCCGCCAGCGCUUUCGCCGCCCUGUCCUCCAUCGUCUUCGCCUACGCAGGUGUCCCCGCCUACUUCAACAUCGUCUCCGAGAUGCGCGACCCGCGGGACUUCACAAAGUCGCUCAUCUACUGCCAGACCAUCAUGACAGCCGUCUACAUCGCCAUUGGCGUAGUCGUCUACUACUACUGCGGCUCCUACGUGGCAUCGCCCGCCCUCGGAUCCGCAGGCCCCCUGAUGAAGAAAGUCUGCUACGGAAUCGCCCUCCCCGGUCUGCUCGUCAGCACCACCAUGUACAUCCACUUCGCCGCAAAAUACUUCUUCAUCCGCUUCCUCCGCGGAACCACACAUCUCGCGCGCAACACCAAAAUCCACUGGAUGACCUGGUUCGGCUGCACAGGCAGCGUCGCGGGCAUCGCCUACAUCAUUGCGUCCGCGAUCCCCGUCUUCGGCGGCCUCGUCUCGCUCGUCGGCGCGCUGCUCGGCACCCUCAUCUGCUUCCAGCCCAUGGGCGGCAUGUGGCUGUACGACCACUGGAGCAAGGGCAAGGAGCGCAAGUCCGCGAAGUGGCUGCUCAUGGUCUUCUGGUGCUUCUUCAUCAUCAUUUCGGGGACGUUCCUCAUGAUUUCGGGCACCUAUGGGAGUGUGGUGGGGAUUAUCGAUAGCUACAAGGCGACGGGGGGGAGUGCAGCGUGGAGCUGUGCGGAUAAUUCGAAUUCUUCGUAG